AUGGGUGUCACACCCAACACCAACGGCGCGGCGGACCCCGUCCUCCAGCGCAUGGCCGACGAGGACAAGGUGCCAUGGUACAAGAAGCCGAACAUGCGCAAGCUCUACUUCCUGCUGUUCCCGACAUGUAUGGGUGUUGAGAUGACGUCCGGAUUCGACUCGCAGAUGAUCAACGCCGUUCAGCUUGUUGAUCCGUGGAAGGAGUACUUCAAUCACCCGACAGGCUCACUGAAGGGCAUCAUCGCAGCCAUCUACUCCCUCGGCGCCAUCUGCGCUCUUCCGUUCAUCCCGCUCAUCAACGACCGCUUCGGCCGUCGCUGGUGUGUUUUCUUCGGCUCCUGCGUCAUGAUCGUCGGAGCAUUUUUGCAGGGCUUUUCCAAUGGCGUCGCAAUGUACCUCGUAGCGCGCUUCCUCCUCGGCUUCGGCAUCCCAUUCUGCAUCGUCGCCGCCUCGUCCCUAAUGGGCGAGCUGGGCUACCCCAAAGAACGACCAAUCCUCACAUCCAUGUUCAACGCGUGCUGGUUCAUCGGGUCCAUCCUGGCGGCGGGCAUCACGUUCGGCACGCAGCAGGUAGGGACGGACUGGGCGUGGCGGGUGCCAUCUCUCCUCCAAGCCGUCCCAUCCUUCCUGCAGGUGACCUUCAUCUUCUUCAUCCCGGAGUCGCCGCGCUUCCUGAUCAGCCGGGACCGGCACGAAGAAGCGUUCGCGAUCCUGGUCAAGUACCAUGCCGAGGGCGACGAGAACUCUGACUUCGCGCGCGCCGAGAUGGCCGAGAUCCAAUCGACCAUCAAAAUCGAGCUCGAGAACAGCAAGCAAUCGUGGAUGGACCUCGUCCGCACGGCCGGCAUGCGCAAGCGCGUGCUGAUCUGCUCGCUUUUGGGUCUCUUCACGCAGUGGAGCGGCAACACUCUGAUCAGCUACUACCUGGACGACCUGCUCACGCUCAUGGGCUACAGCGACCCGCAGUUCAAAGGCAAGCUGAACGUCGGACUGACGUGCUGGUACCUGGUCAACGGCAUGACCAUCUCGCUGCUGGUCAAGCGCUUCCGGCGGCGCGCCAUGUACCUGACGUGCACCGUCUCCCUGCUCUGCGUCUACGUCGGCUGGACCAUCUCCAUGGAGCGCUUCCUCAGCUCCGGCUCCGUCGCCGCGGCGCGCCUCACCAUCUUCUUCAUCUUCGCCUACUCGCCCGCCUACAACAUCGGCUAUAACGCCCUGACCUACACCUACCUCGUCGAGCUGUUCCCCUACGCCCAGCGCGCCAUGGGCCUGUCCGUCUUCCAGUUCUGGGGCCGCGGCGCCGGCUUCUUCACCACCUUUGUGAACCCGAUCGGCUUGGAGGAGAUCAAGUGGAAGUGGUUGCUGACCUACUGCUGUUGGAUCGCCUUCGAGAUCGUGGUUGUGUUCUUCCUGUUCCCCGAAACCAGCGGGAGGACGUUGGAAGAGCUGGCAUUCUUGUUCGAGGACAAGGAGCUCGCAGACCAAGCGACCGCGGCAGUGGAGAAGCAGAUCCAUCACGAAGAUAUGCCGACAAAGGACGGCACCAGCACUCACGUCGAAGCAGUUCGGUCGGCAUAA